AUUUAAAAAAAGCCAGUUUCCACCAUAACAACCCCCACCCCCUCCCAAGGAAGGUAAUUUAUGUAAAAAAGUGAGGUCAAUUAAUAGAUUUCAUUUCAGAAAUCCGGUAAAGGAUAGAAGAGCCAUACUGGCCCCUGGCGCAAACCUAAUCAUAUUAAUUGACCUCUUUGUCAGCCCUGUGUGUAGUGUGGGAAAGGAUUCCUUUGAUGGGGAUGAGAGCCUCCCUUGUUGAACGACGGUUUUCAAAUCAAUUAUUAAAUAUGUACAUGUUUGGAGUUCAAUAUGUCUUCCAGUGCUGCUUGUGGCAGCUUCCUUCGUUGACAUGGGCUGCAAUGGCUGCUAAACCCUGCCAUGUCAAAAGCAAGGAGGAGGGGAGACGCCAUUUGCAAAGCCGGAAAUGAUUAAAAUCUCAGGGUUGAGACCAUUCCCAGUCAAGCAAGGGUUUGCCAAGAGCACAGGUCCUGCUUCUGGUGUCUUCUCUGAAGAGCAUAGAGUGGAGGUGUAUCUCUCAUUCCAUUGAAAGUAGGCUCUCUCCAGCUGCUGGUGAGCCAAGGGGGGAAACGAGCCACUGCCGUGGCAGGCACCCGUGAAGCGCGCUAAAUAAGAGGUCAGUAGCGAGCCCAGCUCCGUGGCCUAGACUCACCAGGGUGGGGGGAGGACCCUGCCGGCCUCCGUCCUCUUCCGCUCGCCUCAGGUGCGGCACGGAUCCCUCCGCCUCAGCGAGCGCUCCCGGUAGCGCUGCGAUCGGCUUUUCGGCAAUACCCGGAUGGAAGCAUAAUGGCCGCCUUAAGGGACUCGCAGGCAAUGGGGACCACGACAGGUAUUCCCCGUGAGCGGGGCCGCCCAGACCUGUUAGGAUGCCGGGACUUCUAGAGAGCCAGCUAGGGGGCAAAGGGCGAGUUUGUGGGGGCUGCAGGGCCCCCCGAACCCUCUCAGGGUUCCGCCUCUCGUGAUAGGAAGCGUCUGUUAAAUAGUCCCGGCCAUUCAGCGCUUCCGCCUAACUUGUCGCAAAGUUUUUCCAGAGAAGUCGGUCCUUUUACUAGGCGCUCUUAGGCUGCCAGAGCUAACCUUCAGUCCUUUGGCCUGGGCUUGCUUUACGUCGGGGCUUUUUGAACUCCGCACUCUCCCACAGUCCAGGAACUGGAGCGGGAGGGCAGCACAGUGUGCCUCCGCGAGCCCGAGGGGCAGCCGAGCCCCGGAGGAAGGGGCGGAUCGGGCGCGGUGUUUGGGACGGAGCGGGGCGCGCGGCGCUCGAAGCACCCACUCGGCGCGUUCCGGGGCUGGUGGAGACUGCUUGGGCACCCCUCAGACCGCACCCCUCGAGCUGUAGGUUCGCAGGUCCACGGCAACCCGACUCGACGGCGUCCCCAUUGUGGGUUCAGUCUGUGGUCUUUGGAGGUCUUUUUUUUGUUGUUGCAGAUAUGCUCAAGUCUCUGGCGCGCGCUCCUUCCUCCAGAGUUGGCCAAGGGCGCUCUUCCGUGCAGACCCCAACCACACCCAGUGGCAGAUGGAUUUCUUUGUAACUGGCUUUCUUACUUGUAGGGUCCAUUUUGAGUCUGUUCUUAACAUGUCCUCAUUGUCAAGUAGUAGACAGUCUCUUCCUAGAUGGCUAUGGUAAUUGAAAAUAUAUAGGAUGAAUGUAUGUAAGGUAAAAUGUUAUAGCUCUUAAGUAGACCAAUGAAACAGAUACGGUAGCUUUAACGUUCUGAAUGCAAAAGUCCAGGUUCAGUUUUCUAUUUAGGUUUAAAUUUGGGGGCGUUUACUGUUUGUGAACUAUUUUAGCGAAAACAUUCGUUGGGUAUGUUUGGAUAUCAAAACUUAAAAAAACACUAGAAAAGUAAAAUAAGUCAAUGUUUAAAGAAUACAUAAUAGUGUUGAACUCUGCGCGGUUGUCACGAUGAUGAAACAUGCCACCAAACUGUACAUCAGGGUGGGAAUUUCAUUAACUUUGAACGUCUAUGUGUUAGGCCUAGUUUACUGAAAUGGUUGAAUUGUUUUUCAUGCAGGAAGGGAUCCGAUUUGAGUGUACUGUAAAGUUAUUGUACUCAAGUUGAACAGAUAAAAACCACUUAAAUGGAUUCUGUGAAAUACCCUAACAUUUUUCAGAGUUUAACUGCAAAUCAAUAGAAGUGGGUUCAUUAUCUUUCAACAAAACUGAAUUUUCCUGAAAUUCAUUAAGACAUUGCAUUGUAUUAACUUUUUUCAGGGUGUUAACAUUUCAUGAGGACGGUAAGCAUAGUAGACCAUGUUGAUUUUUGUUAAAAUUCUCAUAAAUAAGAUGAAUCCUAGAUCUAGAAAAUUAACAAAAGGGUGGGGAGGGAGAAAAAUGUAGGUAUCUAACACCUGUUCUGCACAUCCAAAUUUUUCCUUAUUGUUGCCACGAAAAGUAAGUAUAAGUAUCAAUUCAAAACGUAUUAUGACUGUUUUUUGGGAAGGAUAAAAGGACAGCAACCACAGUGAAUAUCUACUCUGCACAUUGAUAAUGUAUGAGCUUUUAAAUGCUUGCGAUUUUUAUCAUCACACUUCAGAUCUUCUCCUAUCCUGUCUGGUAAUAGUAUAGUCUAUUGUGAUCCCAAAGUUUUUAUAUCUUGAAACAUUCCAGAGGGGAUAUAUUUUAGCAUAAGUCUACAGUUUGACUUUAAAAUAUACUUUAAACAUGCUCUUUUAAUAUACUUUUAUGGUUUACUUUUCUGUUUGUUUUUGUUAAAGCAUUGUGUGCUGUAGAUCACCUAAUACAGCUUUUUUUUUUUUUUUCUUUUUUUAAAAGAUAAAAGACUUGGACCUUGCCCAGUUUCCUUCAGUUACUCUACUAAAAGUUUUUUGGCAAAGCACUAUAAGCAAAAGAAAAGAGUUAAAGUUGAAAGUAUUCUUAAUUAUCUUAUAUCAGAUAUCAUCUCUUCUUUUGAUCACUGCUCCUGAUUGUGGCUUUGUCCAAGCAUUAAAUUGUGUGCCUUUUGUUCCUUGAAGAAAGAGCUGGUGCUAGCAACCCCAACUGUGUCUGGUCUCUGGACCCAGCUCAAAGCUCUGGAUUCAUUCUCUUCCCAUACCUCAGCCUGAGCCUUCUGUCACCCCAGAGGGCUUCACACAAGCUUCCUCUCAAGCCCUCACUUCUCUCACAAGAUGAAGAAACUAAAACACAGAGAUUGAGACUUGUCUAGAGUAACACAAACCAAUGAGGAAACUGAGGUGCAGAGAAGUCAAACCUUGCCCAGUGUUACAGAGCAGAGCUGGAAGUAAAGCUUGUAUUUCCUGAGAUCCAGAUUAGUGUUAUUUCUACUUCAGACUAUUACUUCUUGGUGAGUUAAUGUGGGAAAAAUCCUGGUAUUUUGAAGAUGUCUCGGCACAGUAUUGUUUCCUGUUCAAAUUACAAGUAACUUCAAGAGUUUGCAGGAAAAAAAGAAAUUGGGAUUUUUUUGGUUAAAUCAUGCCAUCUGAACAGAAACAUUUAUUUUUUGAUGAAAAACAGAAUACUUUAAAAGGAGAUUAUGAUGUGAAAAAUGAGAUAGUUGAUACUAUCAGAUCAGUACUUAAACCAAAAAUUUCAGAAAGUAGUUUUCAUUAUGAACUAAAAAAUGUGAAAAUUGUUUUGCCGAAGAUAAAUAUUCCAAAUGAGGUCCUAUUGAAACAUGAAGUUGACAAAUACAGAAAAUUAUUUCAGCAUAAACCACAGACUGCAAGAAAAUCUAUCAGUAUAAAGACUGUAAGCUGUGUAGAGGAGUGUAUGUUACUCCAUAAGUCUGAGAGAGUUGAAGAAGGUAUAAAAAUGUCUGCAAAAAUACUCAACUUCAACUGUUUGAAGUGCCGAGAUAGUACUCGGUAUAGCCCAAAUGAUUUGCAGAAACACUUCCAAAUGUGGCACCGUGGUGAAUUACCUUCAUAUCCUUGUGAAAUGUGCAGUUUUUCAGCAAAUGACUUCCAGGUAUUCAAACAACACAGACGAACCCAUAGAAUUACUUUAGUAAAAUGUGACAUUUGUAACAAUGAGAAUUUAUAUACUUUAUUAGACUUGACAAAGCAUUUUUCAUCCACACAUUGUGUAAAUGGUAAUUUUCAAUGUGAAAAGUGUGAAUUCUCCACCCAGGAUGUUGGCACAUUUGUUCAGCACAUACAUAGACAUAACGAAAUCCUUUAUAGAUGUGGUAAAUGCCAUUAUAUAUGUUUAACCAAAGGAGAGCUUCAGAAGCACCUUCAUAUUCACUCUGGUACGUUUCCCUUCACUUGUCAAUAUUGUAGCUAUGGUGCUACCAGGAGAGAGCACCUUGUAAGACAUGUUAUAACUUUGCACAAAGAACAUUUAUAUGCGAAAGAAAAACUGGAAAAAGACAAAUAUGAAAAAAGGAUGGCAAAGACUUCAGCAGGACUUAAACUAAUAUUGAAAAGAUAUAAAAUAGGUGCAUCAAGGAAGACAUUCUGGAAACGUAAGAAAAUCAACAAUGGAAGUGACAGAAGUAUAGAAAAAAACACUCAAGUGCUUAAAAAAGUGAACAAAACACAGGCUAAAUCUGAAGACCAGAGCCAUCUUGUUCAGGAACAUUUAAAUGAAGAAAAAGAUGAAAGACUAUACUGUGAGAAUAAUGAUAAACCUGCUGAGUCAGAGUCAGAAAAGCCAACCCUUCUGUCCACUGGGCAAUGUAAUGGAGCUGAAGAGGGAUCAAAUUCUACUUCAGGUUUCUUGAAGACUGCUGUACAAGGACCUACAGUGUUAAUGGUAAAAAAUAAUAGAAUAACAAUUCCUGCUAACUACAGUGCUAAGUUUAUGGGCUUUAAGAUGGUGGAUGGAAAACAACAUAUUGUAAUAAAACUGUUGCCUACCAAUAAACAGAAUUUAUAUUCACCAGGCUCACAGUCAGGUGCUGUAAGGGACAGUACUGCAAUUUUGCAGCCCCAGACUUUGGACACUACUGCAUUUUUAACAGGAGUAACAACUGAGUUAAGUGACACAGUUUACAUGAAAGCAGCUACUCCAUUUUCAUCUUCAUCUCCUAUACUUUCAGGGAAGGUAACUUCAGAAAAAGAAAUGGCUUUACUAUCUCAAACAAGUAAUAUGCUUCCAACUAUGGAUGAUGAAAAAAGUGUUUCUCCUUUGCCGAUAACAUCAGAAUUGAUUACAGCAUCGGUGAAUUUGACCACAAAAGUAGAAACAAGAGAGAAUGUUGACUUAUGGGGAAGUCAUAUUACUCAUUGUCACCCUGAGGUAUCAGGUAGUGCCAUGAAAAGUCCAGAUAAAGUCACCUGUACUACCAAACCGAAUUCAUACAACAGUGGAGAUAUGCAUAACUAUUGCAUUAAUUAUGUCAACUCUGAGUUACCUGUUGAAUCUUCCAACCAAGGAUCAUUACCUUUUCAUAAUUACUCAAAAGUGAAUAAUUCUAAUAAACGUCGUAGGUUUUCAGGGACAGCAGUGUGUGAAAACCCUCAAAGAGAAUCUUCAUCAAGCAAGACAGUAGUUCAACAACCAAUAAGUGAGUCAGUUUUAUCACUAGUGAGGAAGGAGAGCUCAAACCCAGAUAGCCUUUUAGCAUCUACUAGUCAUUUAAAUACUAAAGAUGGAACUUUAAAAACACAAGCUGAAAUUGAAGAACAGUGUGUUUUAGAAAAAGGACAAAACAUUGAUGGACAGAAUCUAUACACUAAUGAAAAUCAGAAUUUAGAGAGCAUGACUGAAAAGCCUAAAUGGGAUGACGUUUCUAGUGUUGAGUCACCUAUGAUGCCUAGAAUUACAUCUGUUUUCUCUCUCCAGAGCCAACAGGCGUCAGAACUUUUGCCACCUGAAAUAAACCAGUUACUUCAAGAUGUAUUAAAAGCAAAACCUGAUGUAAAACAAGACUCUAGUAACACUCCAGAUAAAGACCUGCCGCUUCAUUGUGACCAGUCAUUUCAGAAACAUGAGGGAGAAGACAAAAUAGUUGAAUCUUCAAAAGACUUGAAAGUACAAGGCUUCUUUCCGAUUCCAUCUGGUAAUAUGGGGAUUAAUGUGGCUACAAAUGAUCUGAAUUUAAAAUGUAGUGGAAAAGAAAAACACAUGUUGUCAAUGUCACAAGAUGUGAGAGAUUCAGAGAAGACCCCUAGAAUUUCUGGUUUUGGCACAUUACCUAAGACUCAGUCAGAUGCAAUAAUUACACAGCAGCUUGUAAAAGACAAACUACGAGCCACUACGCAAAAUAUAGGUUCUUUAUAUGUGCAGAGUCCACUUGUAAAUUCAGAACCAAAAAAGGCGAUCUUUGUUCAGACUCCAAAAGGCUUUUUUGUACCAUUGCACAUUGCUAACAAGCCUGGAUUACAUGUUUCAGGAAGACCACUUCCAUUGGUUAAUACACAAGGUGUCCCUGCCUCUCUCCUUUUAAACAAGAAACCUGGGAUGAUUUUAACAUUUAAUAAUGGGAAACUUGAAGGUGUUUCUGCUGUCAAAACUGAGAAUGCUCAAGCUUGUGGAACUACAAAUAAGGAGCCUUGCAGAACACCUUUUUUAAAAGUAGAACCAAACAGUAAUUGUCUAACCCCUGCACUUUGUUCCAGCAUUGGCAGCUGUUUGAGCAUGAAAAGUAGCUCAGAAAAUACUUUGUCAUUAAAAGGCCCUUACAUUAUUAAAACGCCAGCAAGUUCUUCAGUGAAAGGUGUUCCUGCUCCUAAUAUAAUAUCUGAGCAUCAGGGCACUAAGUUGAAUAUCUCGGAUUCAGUAAAACAGCAGAACAAGAUUUUUCCAAAACCACCUCUUUACACCCUUUUGCCUGAUGGCAAACAAGCUGUUUUUUUAAAGUGUGUGAUGCCAAAUAAGACUGAGCUGCUUAAGUCUAAAUUAGUCCCGAAUAGUACUUAUUAUAAAAAUAUACAGCCAAAGAAACCUGAAGGAACACCACAAAAAAUACUGCUGAAAAUUUUUAACCCUGUUUUAAAUGUGACUGCUGCUAAUAAUCUGUCAGUAAACAACUCUGCAUCCUCACUGCAGAAAGACAAUGUACCAUCUAAUCAGACUAUAGGAGGAGAGCAGAAAGAGCCAGAAUCUUCUAGAGAUGCCUUACCCUUAUUACUAGAUGAUAUGAUGCCAGCAAAUGAAAUUGUGAUAACUUCUACUGCAACAUGCCCAGAAUCUUCUGAGGAACCAAUAGGUAUCACUAACCAUUCAGAGGCCAGGGUAUUAAGGUGUAAAACAAAUUGUACAAUUGAGAGAAACUUCAAUAAGAAAAAGACUUCGAAAAAGAAAUGUUCAAGAAUAAAAACUCAUGAAAGAAGUAAAGAUUCUGAAACUUCCUUUGUAUCUAGAAACAGAAACUGUAAACGCAAGUGUAGGGAUAGUUACCAAGAACCUCCAAGAAAAAAAGCAUUACACAGAAAGUGUAAAGAAAAAGCAAAGCCUGAAGAUGUCCAUGAAUCGUUUGGAUUCAUCAGACCCAGGCUUUCAAAAGAUUCAGUCAGAACUUUGCGGCUUUUCCCCUUCAGUUCCAAACAGCUUGUGAAAUGUCCUAGGAGAAACCAACCAGUUGUAGUUUUGAAUCAUCCUGAUGCAGAUGCCCCAGAAGUAGUAAAUGUAAUGAAAACUAUUGCUAAAUUUAAUGGACGUGUACUUAAGGUUUCAUUGUCAAAAAGAACUAUCAGUGCUUUACUGAAACCAGUUUGUUAUAACCCUUCUAAAACAACUUACGAUGAUUUUCCCAAGAGGCACAAAACAUUUAAACCUGUUAGUUCUGUGAAAGAAAGAUUUGUGCUAAAAUUAACUCUCAAAAAGACAAGCAAAAACAAUUACCAGAUUGUGAAAACUACCUCUGAAAAUGUUCUGAAGGCUAAAUUUAACUGUUGGUUUUGUGGUAGAGUAUUUGACAAUCAGGAUGCUUGGGCUGGUCAUGGUCAGAGACAUUUAAUGGAAGCUACUCGUGAUUGGAACAUGUUAGAAUAAUUUACUGUAAUUACCAAGGAAAAGAAAAGUAAAAUUACCUUAGAAGAAAAUAGUGGGUUGAAUUACUAAUGCAGACAUUUUUUACUUCAAUAUAGUACCUGAAGUUAAACAUUUAAAAGUUGGCUAUAUUUCCAUGGAAGAGCAAAAGUUUUAGUGUGAUAUUUGAAAAUGCUGUCAGUGCACAUGUUAAGUUUUGAAAGAAACUAAUCAGCACAGAUACACCUUGAUUUAAUUUUUUAAAAUGUGUUCUCGGGAAGUUAGGGCUAAAGAAAAUUUUGAUAAAACAGUUUUCCCAGUUUAGUGACUCUUAGUAGAGAGUAACAGCUGACAGCCCCAUUCCCUCUCUUCUUCCACCAGCCUUAUGAUUCUGAUAACUAUAGCUCCCCUGAAGAGGCUGAGAUCUCUUUCAUUAUGGAACUGAAGGAGUUUCUCAUUAUUUGUGAAGAUACUCUAAGAGAAUUUGGGUAAAGAACUUACUCUACAUCUGCAAAAUGUAGUUCUUUUGAAGGUAGUUUAAGCUCCUUUGAGGGUACAUUUAACUCACUACAGUUACACCUCAUAUGAUUGUUGAUAAGAGUUUUUGACAAGCAGAUCUUUUUUCCUUGUAAGCUGUGUUCCAUGUCAUUGAUUGGAACACUCUUCCAACGUGAUUUUCUUUUUCUAAAUGGCUCUCAAGUGUUGCAGUAGAUGGGCAAUCUCGAGAGAAGAAUUAAACUCUCUUUGUCUAGUUUGAAGUUCAUUUAAAGAACUUGAACAUUUUUCUGAAUUUGGUUAUAUUCCCCAGUGAUUCCCUUGCACAGAACUAUGUUUAUUUGAUUUAAAUUGUCCCCUCGUAAACCAAGUGGCCAAUUUUUUUCUUGGUUGCCAUCCCUUUUAAAAAGAGUGAAACAUAGAAGCACUUCCAAGGGAAUGGCUUUUCUUGAAAAUUAAAAGUUACUCCUCAGAAACAAUAUUUUGAAGUAAGAUUAGCAAAGCAAAUCAUAAUUUUGUGUUUAUUAUUAGUGUCUGAACAUGUCCACAUUGGGACAAACCAUUUUUGUUAGCAACUUUUCAGUAUGACUGACAACCCAAAGCAGAUUACUGAUUGUUUGCAGUUGGAAAUUGAAGAAGCAUUAAUAGUGGACUCAGUGACAGUGCAUAAAACUUCAGGACAGAUUCCGAAGGGGUAUGUCCAACAGGUAGAGUUUUUAAAUGAAUAUUUUCAUGACAACAGAAUCAUCGAUUUAAACUUCCCACUUUGUAAGUUUGGAUCAAAUUUUGUUGGACCAUUGGACAAUGGAGUUCUUGUAUUAAAAAAUUACAUACUAAUUUUUGUUACAUUGUUACUACUAGUGUUAUGACAUUUUCAUUGAUUGAAUGAAAACUUCAGGGCUCCUUUUCUGUAUAUAACAAAGAAUUUAGAACCUGUACAUAUUUUUGUACCUUUCAGUUAUGUACAUUUUGCACAGAAAGUUUUUGACAUAAAAAGUUUAUUUUCUUUCAAUUUAGUUCUGUGCAUGCACUAAUAAAACUUGUCGUUUAAUUUAAAAGGAAUAUAUAAGACUUUACCCAUGUUAUUUUUUUGGUUUUUAUUUCAGAUGUACAAUUUCUUUUUUUUUGAUAAAUUCAGUUUUCAGGGAUUGAACACUAUUGUUAGCAAGUGCCUAAAAGAUGUGAAACAGUUUACAUACGUCAACUGUAACAUUAGGUCCCAAAUGGGCCCACUCCCCCAAUAAUUUUAUUUUAAAGAAAGCCAUACAUAGAUGCUUCAAGCUAUCUUGCUAUGCACAUUAUACAUGUACUGUUUUUGUGCAGUUUGUCUACUUUCUUAGAAGUGAAGUAUUUUUUGUACAAAACCUGUUACAAUUGUGUUUCUUAAAUUGAGCCUAAGAACGGAGUUGAUUGGAAAUAUACAGUAUAUAUUAAUAAUGUAUAUGGUGUUUAAAGAAUGGUAAGCAUUGUU